AUGGAGGCCAAGGUCCGCCCGAGCCGGCGCUCGCGCGCGCAGCGGGACCGCGGCCGGCGACGGGAGGCCGCCCGCGACGCCCGCGCUCAGAGCCCGUCGUCGGGCGACGAGCCCGAGCCCAGUCCCGGCAAGGAGAACGCGGGCCUCCGCGGCGCGCCUUCCCGCGCCGCCCCCGCGCCCCGCGCCGCGCGCCCCCCGCGCCGCCGCCGCCGCGAGUCCAGCUCGCAGGAGGAGGAGGUCAUCGACGGGUUCGCCAUCGCCAGCUUCAGCACCCUGGAGGCCCUGGAGAAGGACAUGGCCCUGAAGCCCCACGAGCGGAAGGAGAAGUGGGAACGUCGCCUAAUCAAGAAGCCCCGGGAGUCGGAAAACUGUCCCCCUGCGGAGCCGAGUGAGCACAGGCGGCCCCUGGAGGCUGGCAGCCCUGGGCAGGACGCGGAGCCCGCCUGCGACGGGGGCCCGAGGAAGGUCCCGCUGCAGCCCUCCAAGCAGAUGAAGGUCACCGUGUCCAAAGGAGGCGACCGGGACAGUGAUGACGACAGCAUCCUUGAAGCCGCCAGCUCCCGGAGGAGCAGCUCUCGGGACCAGCUCAGUGACAGCUCGGCGCAGGCGGUCUCCGGGAGAGGCUACUCCUGUGACAGCGAGAGUGGCCUGGACGACAAGGCAUCUGUGGGCUCCGACAAACUCUUUGCCCCAGCGGCUGAUAAAGGCCCCGCGCGGCGCGAGAAGCCGGAGGCCAAGGCCGGCGCGGUGCCCAAGGUGUCGGGCCUGGAGCGCAGCCGCGAGCUCAGCACCGGGUGCUUCCCGCCCGCCAGCCCCGCGCCCCUCGCCACGCCCUGCGCGGGGGCCCCGCCGGCCCGCACCAGCCCCCUGGUGAAGAAGGAGGCCCCCGCGCCGCCCCGCCACACUCCGCAGCCGCCGCCCGCGCCCCCCCAGCCCCGCGGCGCGCUCCCGACACACGUGCCUGCGUCCCUGGGCGCCUUCGCGGGCCCCGGCCCGGUGGCGCCCCACGGCCUCCACGGCCUCAGCAGGAGCAGCAGCGUGGGCAGCAGUGCCGCCCUCGGCCUGGCGAAGCACGUGUCGCUGUCGCCGCACGGGCCGGGCCCCCACCUGUCUACCUCACACCUGGCGCUCCGGUCCCAGGCGCAGCACCAGCACCACGCAGCAGCCAUGUUCGCUGCCCCCGCGACACUGCCCCCGCCCCCGGCGCUGCCCGCCAGCAGCCUGGGCAUCCCAGGACACCCCGCUGAUGCCAGCCUGUUGGUCUCAUUCAGCCAGCCAAUCAUGUAUUGCCAGCCUCAUUCGGGGAUUCUGAUUGAUCACGAGCUGCUCAGGCAAGAGCUGAACACGCGGUUUCUGGUGCAGAGCGCCGAGCGGCCUGGCGCCUCCCUGGGCCCGGGGGCUCUGCUGCGGGCGGAGUUCCACCAGCACCAGCACACACACCAACACACACACCAGCACACACACCAGCACCAACACACAUUCGCCCCCUUCCCCGCGGGGCUGCCCCCGACGCCGCUCACGCCGCCCGCCGCACCCCCGCCGUUCGACAAGUACACUCCCAAGCUGGACAGCUCCUACUUCCGACAUUCCAACGUGAGUUUCUUCCCGCCCUUCCCUCCCGCCAUCCCGGGACUGCCUGCCCUGCUUCCGCACCCCGGCCCCUUUGGGUCCCUGCAGGGUGCUUUUCAGCCCAAGACUUCAAACCCGCUGGAGGUAACGGGCCGGGCUGGUGCCAUGCACACCCUCCUGCAGAAAGCCCCCGGGGUCUCUGAUCCGUACCGGGCGGUGGUCAGGAAGCCGGGGAAGUGGUGCGCGGUGCACGUGCAGAUCGCGUGGCAGAUCUACCACCAUCAGCAGAAGAUAAAGCAGGUGCCGCUGGACCCACACAAGCUGGAGGUGGGCGCGAAGCUGGACCUGUUUGGCAGACCCCCCGCCCCGGGCGUGUUUGCCGGGUUCCACUACCCGCAGGACCUGGCGCGGCCGCUCUUCUCCAGCUCAGGUGCCGCCCAUCCCGCCACCAACCCCUUCGGACCCUCAGCUCCCUCGGGCAGCUUUCUGCCCACCGGUCACCUGGCAGACCCUUUCAGCAGGUCGAGCAGCUUCGGGGGCCUGGGGAGCUUGGGGAGCCACGCCUUCGGGGGCCUGGGCAGCCACGCUCUGACUCCUGGCGGUGGCAGCAUCUUUGCCCCCAAGGAGGGCUCCUCGGUGCACGGCCUGCCCAGCCCCCACGAGACCUGGAACCGGCUGCACCGGGCACCGCCCUCCUUCCCCACGCCACCCCCGUGGCCCAAGUCCAUGGACACAGAGCGGGUCUCAGCCCUGACCAACCACGACCGAGAGCCAGACAAGGGCCGGGAGGAGCGUGAGCGGGACCUCCUGGAGAAGACGCGCCUGGUCAGUCGCGCAUCGCCUGCAGCCCCUAUGGGCCACGCCGUCAGCGGCCUCCUGCUCCGCGGCCAGGGCGAGCUGGGCCGGCCCGGGGUCCCCGCGGAGCGCGAGGCCGAGCCCCGGGUCAAGCAGAGCUGCUCCCCCGCCAAGGAGGAGGGCGCCAAGCUGGCCACGCGCCCGCCCUCGCCCUACAGCAAGGCGGCCCUGGGCGAAGGCCUGCGCCUGGCCGGCCUCUUGGGCCGGGAGCCGCAGGGGAAGCCGCCCGAGGCGCCGGCCGAGCGGCCCCAGGGCGACGUGAAGGUGAAGGAGGAGCGCAGGGAGGACGAGGCGGCCGAGCCCUCGGCGGGCGGCCUGCACCCCGCGCCGGCCCCGCUGGGCCUGGGCCGCGAGCGCCUGGGCGCGCCGGGCUUCGCGUGGGAGCCGCUGCGCGAGGCCUACCGCGGCCUGGAGCUGCCGCGACGCGCCUUCCCCGCCGGCCCCGGCGCCCUCUUCGAGCCCCCCGAGCGCGCCUACCGCGACCGCGAGCCGCACGACUACAGCCCCGAGCGCCCGCGGGGGCCGCGCCGCGAGGAGCUGGAGCGCGCGCGGGGCCCGGGCCCGGACAGCGCCCCGCACCUGCCGCGCCUCGGACUCCUGGCGCGGACCCCGCCGGCCGCCGCGGCGCUCGGUGCGCCUCCCCCGCUGGUGGCCGGGCCGCCCACGCCGCCCGCGCCGCGGAGCAGGACUAGCCCGCUCGAGGGCCUCGGGCCCGGCGACGCGCGCGCCUACUCCCCGUCCCGCAACCCCCAGGAGGUGGAGGCGCGGUAGUCCCUGCGCGGGCGUCCCGCGAGGGACCCUUUUACAAAUGCACUGCUGUAAACUUUUUUAAAUGUACAUUUCUAGAACUUAAGCACAGCUCCAUCGAAUCCUGGGGUGACACGCUUUUCCACGCGAAGUCUGCGGGGUUCGGGAAUUUAAUACACAGCUUUUUUGGGGGUGGCCUUUUGUUUUCCGAGCUUGAGAUUAGGCUAUUGGGAAAAAAAAAAUCAAGUUUGUACCUUUUUUCCCCACAGGUGAGAAGCGUUUUUAAUGGAUUUGUAUUUUUCUUAAUUUUGUGCUCUUUAGACACUUAAAAGAACCAAAAAAGAAACUUUUUGCUUCUUGAUUUUUUUGUUGGGGUUUGCAAGGUCACAGACCCGGACCCCUCUCCAGAGCCCCAGGGUUUCUUUGUCUCGUUUAUGGAGAAAACACGGUCACUUUGUCCAGCGCACUGUGAGGCUCCCCACUCAGGCCCGGCCCUGGCCCUCCCUUGGUACUUGGAACCGAAGUUACAGAUAUAUAUUAAAAUAAUAAUAAUAAUGUACAAAACUUUGUUUUUUGCCUUAUUAUGCAGAAGUGUAAGGAUUUCUUUUUUGGUUUGUUUUUUUAAAAAACAACAAAGGAAACGUGUACAUAGUCUGUUGAUAUAAAUGUAUGACAUUAUUAAAUUCUUACCCUAGGUAGACUUUAUAAAAGUGGUUUCCGGAAACCCCUCUGGUUAUUUGUUUAACAUGGUCACAAAACGCCCACUCGCUGUGGGGAGUUAACCGCAGCAACUACCCUCAACUAUGCAAGAGCUCCGAGGCGGGACCCGGCUGUCCGGGAAGUCGAGCAACCCCCGGCCCGCCGCUGCCCGAGGCGGCGGGUGCCCCCGGCUGCACCCUCGGGAGGGAGAGCCCGCUCCCGGGUGUCCCCCGCGAGAGGCUCAACGCGGGCUUCAGGACUGGCUGGCUCUGGCCGCAAGGACAGCUCUGUGGACCCUUGUGCUCAUCGUGCGGUGUUCUCGCGAUCUCUAUGCCAGACAAGUAGAAUUUUAGAAGCGCAAGAGUCUAAAGUUUGAUUACAAAAAAAUAAAUCACUUUUGUAUAUUUUCUCUCCCGUGUGAAGGCGGUCAGACGUUUGUCACCCUGUGCGUGCACCUCCGGCACCGCGGCUGCUCGCUUUGGCCCGGGUUUGUCCCCUAACCGCACGAGCCACCGUGCUGUGCCGGCGGCGCGUCCCUGUGUCCCCGGCUGUUUCCCGACGUCCAGUCUGUCUCUGCCGGGCUUCAGCCGCCCACGGCCGUUCUGUUCCCGACAUUUUCCUGUGUGGACUCCGCUUACUUUACAUAUUCUGUUCUCAUGUCAAUCGGUGGAGGUAAAUACAGCCUUGAUUUUGGAUGAAA